AUGGCCAGCACCCGGCUGCUGGUCCUCUGCCUUGCGGCUGCGCUUGUUUGCGUGGCAGCGGCAAAGGCCAAUGUGCGACUUACCGACAAGCUGGUAGAGCUCAUCAAGAAGAAACAACUUGAGGGUAUUGUUGAGGAGCUGCAGCGGGAUGGAAUGGAUGUCAACCAACCUGACUCCAAGGGACGGCUUCCCUUAGUUGAAGCCGUGCGGUCAAAGGAACUGAAGUACGUGGACGCCAUGCUGCAGUACGGCGCCUUGGCUAAGUCUAAAGAUCCGGCCAGUGGUGCCACGCCUAUCCAUGUUGCCUUCCAGCAAAACCUGCUUCAGAUCUCCAAGCUGCUGCUGCAAUAUGGUGCCGACCUGAACGUGGAGGACAAGUCCAGCAAGAAGGCCCGUGAUUAUGCUUCCAAUAAGGAGCUUCGCGACCUGGUUGCCGCAUACGACAACAAUGGUGCCAUGGCUUUCGAGGAUCCUCCGGGCACUUGGACCAGGCAGGACAAGGGAGCAAAGGAGGAGUACUGGUUCAACAGCAAGACGGGCGAAAGCCGGUGGAACGUGCCGCCCUCGUGCGCUUGGCAGCGCGUGGACGUGCAGGGCCACCCAAUUAAGUACAUCAAUGCGAUUACUGGCCAGGAAGUCAAGACUGUGCCCCCGUCGCUGGCUUGGGUCAAGGUGCGCUCGAACAACCAGGAGAUGUAUUACAAUUUCAUUGCCAACAUCUCCCAGGUUGAGGUGCCUCAGGAGGUGCCGGAGGACACCCUUGCCGAUAUUGACAAGAACGUGAAUGCACGCUGGCAUAACGAGAAGACUGGGGAGUUUUCUUGGACGGACCCAACCUAUAACUCUGUCUGGCGGGAGUUGGUCGACGAGGAGACUGGCAACCCAUACUGGUAUAACAUCGAGUCGGGCGAGAGUGUGUGGGAGAUGCCUGCCGAUAUGGAGUGGACCAAGGUGCCUGACGAGGAGACGGGGGUGGUUAACUUCGCCAGCGGCCCCCUUUCCCGGGGCAGUCCCUGCUCUCCCCUGCUAGAGGGGCACCCUAAUCCGUCACCCCAUCCGACUUCAGAAUGUAUUCGUUGGGUUCGGCAACUCACCACCAGCAUCCAACCAAAUCUAGCGGAUCAACGGCGCAUCAACUUAGUUCCUGGUCAGCUCGCAAGUUGAUAUUAUCACGUCCUACACCGUCCAUAAGAUGGGGGGCCACCUCCCAUUUCAUCACUCCUCAAACACCCGAGGAGCCGGCAGGCGGAUUUGAACCCGGGUCGACUGGGUCGACUGGGAGCAGAAGUCAGGCCUUAACCUCUGCCAGCCGCCUGCCUGUGUAUGUCUGUCCUUGCAGUCAAUUCUAUUUCCACAACCGCGCAACGAUGGAGAGCACCUGGGAUGCACCAAACCACCUCGCUUGGGUUCGACACGACUCCGACCUGUGAACAUGCUUUGGGGGCACUUUGCCGGAAUUCAAACCCCGUCCUUAAAGCGGACAUGGAAGAUGAUCUUUUUAUUAGGGCUUCGAGGUUAGAAUUUGGUUUGUAGUGAGGCCGUGAAAUGGCAUAGCUGCUUGAGACGUCGUGUCUUUGGAUACGUUAUCGGCUAUUAGUUGUUUGGUCAUCCAGCUCUACUAUAGAUAUCAGGACCACGCAGACUUCCAGCUAACGUGUUAGUACGUGCCUGGCUAGCGCCAACGAUUCAUGAAGGUUAGGACUG